UUGUGUGUUUAUUUUUGGACGGUGAGGGAGGAGGAGCAGGGGAGGGAAGCUCGGUCAAUUCUACUUAAAACUCAACAAGGACACUUUGCCAAGCGUUACCAUUUGAAUACCUGAAGCAUACAACGGUGAGGAUCGCGGCUAAGUGAUGGAGAGAGGCUGUGAAGUGUGACACCAGAUGAAUCAAGAGUGGACUUAUAGGCCACCUGUGCUGGUGGGGGAGCGUAUUGUGUGGCUGGGGGGAGACACAACACCAGAGCCUGGAGAACCCUGCAACUACCAUCCCCACCAUGGCACUGUUAGCUGGAUUGGGCGGGUCUCAGAAAUUGGCAAUGACUGGAUUGUUGGAGUAGAAUUUGAACUAGACAUGGCUGGUGGCUGUGAUGGAACUUGGAAAGGACGUAAAUUGUUUUCCUGUCCAAAAAUGCGAGGUCUCUUUCUGCCUGUAGCAUCUGUGAUCAAAGAGAAAGAGUUCUACAGCAAGAAGGACUGUUUACCUUCCAAUACAACCAGAUAUUGGGAAGCUGAAGCUGGAUACAAGUCUGCAUGCAGCAAUACACACCACAAUAAACAUGUGACAGCUCCAGUCUCUUCAAACACCUCACAGUCACAGACCAACAUUGACCUGAGUUUAGCCCCUGAGCCUCCUCCACCCAAAAAUAAAAUGCCCCUUCACUCACCUUCUAUUAUCCACAGUAGGAAUGCCAAGAAGCAAAAUGAAGAUGACCUAAAGGUGUCACCUAGGUGUGCAGUGGAAAAUGGUGGAGAGAAGACCUCACAUCAUCACAUGCACAAGAGUAUGGGUGCUACUAGCAUGGCUUCAUGUGUCCCUUCCCCUUCUACUGGUGCUACUGUCAUCACCUCGACACAGUGCUCCACCACAGACAUCUCCACUUACACAAGUAAGAAGCAACUCCUCGCAGGGAGACAUGUAAACACAGGGGCUCAGGAUACUUCCCAGGACUGCAGUUUUAGCCAGGAGAAAAGCUUAUGGACAGUUACAAGUGGAUCAGUGACAGAAACAGGAGCACCACAGCAAUUAGAGAAUGAGGGUGACCUUGAUGAAAAUUUUUGUAAUGAAUCAUUGUACUUUGGUGAAACAAUGAUAAGAAAAUCCACAUUAACUUCCAAGGCUGUAUACAAUGAUUAUUCAGAAAGAGUAAGGACAAGUCAACCCAGCAUAUCAACACCUUCUAGUCCAAGUCUUAGUGAAUAUCAAAGGCAUUAUGGGAAAAAAUUAAGUUCUUCAAGCACAUCAACAAUAGCAAGUGAUUUAUCAAAGUGUAUGAGCACACCUGGAAGAUAUUCAUCAUCUCAGAGCCCUUAUUCUGAACGGAAAGAAAAAUCUGGAUUUUUUGGCAUUUUUCGAUGGUUUAGGAAUAAAAAAAAACUAUCGACAUCUGUUGAUGGGAUGAGCAACACAAGCAGUGGGAGUGUAAACAGUCUCUCAAGCACCAUCAGUAGCAGUGCUUAUUCCCCCGUUAUAAGAAGUAGGAGUGCUGAUAUUCAGAACAAAACUGACUCAAAACAAGGUCAGUUUGGUAUGACUAGAAGGUAUAAACUGUUUUCCAAAAGUUCUGGAAGGGGAAACUCCAGUUCCAAUGAUGAAGAAAAUGGCCGGAGGUUGUCUGUCAUCAGUGCUUGCUCAGACACAUCAUCAAGACCUGGAUCUAGAGGAGCAACUUUGACAAGGAAGAAGAGACCAGCCCCCCAGCCACCCAGCUCACCAAAACUAAGUGACUCAGAAUCAUUGAAGUCACAGAAAAGUUGUGCUAGUUUACCUAAUAGAGAUUUGAGGCCUGUCAGAACUCCUGAACCCACUUCCCCCACUUCCCUUGAUCAAGCCUUGAAUGGAAGAAAACUUCAUAAAUCCAAAAGUGAGAGUGUAAUCUAUUCUAGAGUUAAAAGAAGAGCUCCACUGCCACCAGGCCAUGUUCCCACAGGCAACAGCAGUGAAAAAGAACCUGGCAGAUCAUUACCAAAAGAAAGUGGUAAAUCUCCAGCUUCCUCUGGCUCUAAAAAUACUGAUCGCCCAGUAAGUACUGUUUCUAAUGUCAGUUCCCUUUCCCAGUCUCUUUCUUCUGCCUCAACAACACUCAAAUCACAGAAGUCCCAGAGUAGCAGUGUUACUUCUAGCGGGCCCUCAAGCAGUCAGUACUCCUCAGAAUCAAUGGUAGUAGAGAGUGGAGUUUUAAAGCAAGAUAUUACAAAAUCUUCAUCUAGUCCUGCAAUUGCUGACAACGGUAAGGUGACUCUCUCUCCUCGUCCCUGGUACAAAAGAAAGAAUAAGAAUAAGGACAAUAAAAAUGUUCCAGAUAAGGAAAAGACUGACACUAUAUAUGACACCUGGAUGCCUGAAAUACAGUUUGCACGCCAAAAGCUAAGUUUAGGUGGUAGCCUGAAAAAAGGUAAGAUUGAUGGAAAAUGUAAUCAGGCUCCUCACACUCCAAAAGAAGAGAAAAAAGAGAAAAGGAAAUCCCAAGUUUCUUUGUUGGCAAGUAUCAGUGAAUUGGAUAGAGCAGCAUCAGAACAGAUGCAGAGAGAGCAGGAGAACAAGCAAGUACAGAAGCAAACUUAUAACAAUAAAUUUUACAGAAACAGUGAACCUCACUUUCUAACUCAAACAGAUUUUCUGCCACAACCAAAGGAUAAAUCUGUGGGUGGAGUUUCAGAUAUGGGUACAUUAAGUUCAUCUGGUACUGGUACAAUAAAGUCAUCAGCAAGUGUGAAUACUGAAGUGGGAGAGCAAAUAACACAUGCUGGAAUUGGGUUAUAUGAUAACCUUAGUCUUAGUGACCAUGAUUUCACACUGCCUCAAAGCUAUUCUAAACAAACAACACUGAGAAUGGAGGAAAAAGAAAACCUACAACAUUCAUCCCAAACCAAAGUCCAUCCAAGUUAUAAUGUAAGGUCUUCAGUAGAAGUGUCCAAUUCUCAGGAAAUUAAUUUUACUGUCACUAGCAACAGAAGAUCUAUCACAGAUGUUGAUAAAUUUCAGAAUGUACCAGUUUCUCCUGAGUCAUCCACAUCUAUGACAAGGGAUUCUCCAAUGCACCGAGCAACCAUAGAUGCAGAAUUAUUUUAUCAGCUAGCUAAAGAUUCCCAAAGUCCAGCUGAGCCCAAAAUUAAAAGUUCUUCAGUUCUCAGUUUUAGAGAGACAAAGAAACUAGUAUCAACCAAUGGACAUAUGAAUGAAGAACGAACAGAAGAUGAAAAUGUCCACAUGGCUGAAAGUCCAAGCAGUCCUAGGAGGCCAAACAAAAAUUUUGGUUUUCGAAUGAACAAUUUCUUUUCACCUGAUGUUUCAACAAUUAUUGAGGCUUCAGAAUCCAUGACCUCCAGUGCCACUACUCCUGCUGAUGACAUAUAUGAAGACCUGCCAAUCUCAUCAGUCACUGGGAGGGGAAGGAGAGAGAGUAUCCAGGAUGAGAUUAACAGUGAAGUAAAUUGUGAUUUUCAGUUGAAUUCUUCUGAUGCUCGGGAGAUCAUGAGAGAGUUAGCAGAUGUCAGGCAGGAAAUAGAAAAGAUUAAUGAGGAAGAAGAAAAAGAAUUCCAGGAGAGACAACGAACAAAAGCAGAGAAGAUUCGUGAGGAAGUAUUACAUUUAAGAGAAGCCAAUAAUUUUCAAGCUUGGCACAGCGCUGUUGAACAGAAUAACUGUGGAAAUACAGAAAUAACCCCAUCUCCAGUAAAUGGUGAGGCUAGUCGCAAAUUCAAGUGGGUUUGUGAGAUGUGCACCUUGAACAAUCUUCCAUGGCGUUUGCAGUGUGAAGCUUGUUUGGCACGCAGACCUGCCAACCCUAAGAGGGUGGAUGAUGAUGGUAAAUCCUUGACAUCAGAUUUUGUUAGUCCACAAGCAAGUGUUUCAAAUGAGAGUCCUGUUACUGUAAUCUUUGAAGAUGGUAAUGGUAAUAGGGAAUGUCCAAGGGAAGUGUUAGAGGGUGCAGGAGCAGUUUUUCCAAGCAAUGAGGAGCCAUUGGCUAAUGAACAGAGUUGCCCUGUUGAUAAAAAGAAAAAGGAUAUCAAUUGGGAGAAAGAACUGCAAAAAUAUUUUAGAACAUUUGAUGAACAUGUAAAAGGCAACAAUUCUGAAAAACCUGCAACAAAGUCAUCAAAAGAUAGACUCCCAGCUAACAAAGAAACUUGCAGUAAAAAUGCACAGAAGUCAGGAAAAGAGACAGGGACCAUAGCACCUCAUAGUCAAGUGAAAUCUGAUGGUGAAAAUAAAGGUGCAAAACCCAAAAUAAAAUUUUUUGGCACUGCCUCAGGACCACCAUCCACUUUCAUUGCAGGAAAUGAAACUUCUCAGGAAACAUAUGAAAGCUCUGAACAGGUUUUGUCAUUCACUAUCAAUGAGUCACAUACAAAUGAAGGUUUACAGAAAGAACCAGAUAUGGAAGCUGUAAGAAAAGCAAGACUUGCCAAGUUUCAAGAAAAAAAUAAAGAGCAUGUUAUGGGAGCAUAUGUACCAAAUAAAGAAAAAAAAACUAGGAUUAGAAAUGAUAUUACUAGAGUCAGUAAGAAUUUAGUUUCAGAAACUCAAGAACUUAACAAAGUAACAUCACAAGUGAAUGACUGCUCCACACAAAGCAUGGAAUUUAGUGAUCCAGAGAAUAGAAUACAGGAAAGUUCUCCCAGCAAGUCUUACCGUAAACCUCAAGUAAUGAAGCCAAGUGGAGCUGUACGGGCUGCAGUUAGUAUUUUUAACCAGUUUGAGCAAUUGCAGCAUGCUAAUAAAGAAAAGCCAGCUAUCAGCCGCAGAAAAUCUAAUAGUAGUUUAUUUGAACGGACAAGAGCUUUUGAGCAGGUGCAUCCAGAAACCACCAGUCCAGAGCCUGAGAGAUCCAGAGGUGGUAAUGGGCCAUCAAAAAAUACAAGAGAGAAAGAAGUAUUUUCAGCCAUUGCAAAAUUUGAUGAAAUGGCUGCUAUAGCAGAACUAGAAAGUAUAGAUAAAUUUAGACAAAAAAGUAAAGUAACACGAAGACCAAAGCUACUGAAGAUAUCAGUUCCACAUACUUCUCUGACCAAUGAUAGGUCAGACCUUUCUUCUAACCCAGCUCACAAUUCUCCCAAAAUUAGAAGGUACACAGCCUCUUCACAAUCAUCCUCUACUGACAUUAAUGACCUUCCUGGAAAUGCUCACCAUGCUCCCAAAUCCUCUACAAAAAUUAAGGAGACAUCAGAGGGAGUCAUCAUGGAUGGAGUUUUGUAUACUGAACAUAGAAAGCACUCCAUGUCAAUAAGUUCUGGUACUUUUGAGCUCAUCCAAGCAGAAGAUUUUGUUAACAUAGAGGCCCAACAUAGUGAAUCUUCCACAUAUUCAGACUCAAGGGGUAUAACUGAUAUUACCUCAUCCACACAAAGUUCUGAGGCUACAGAGCUGCCUGAUGUUAUAACUGAACACAUGAAUAAUGAUGGAUGCAGGAAUGUUAGUGAUAACUCAACCUCUGUGGCACCUGAGACAAGAACUGAUCCUCAAGUCUGGCCACAGCUGGAACAAAAAGAUGUUGACAGACUGAGUCACCAACUAACAGAGGCUGAUGGAAUUGCUACAUUUAAAGCAAACCUCAGAGUUGAAGAGCCAGCUUUAGGUCAGACCAACACACUUCACAUCGGUAAGCUCCUCAAACGGUUGGAGGCUGCCAUCUCCAGAGGAAAUCACGCUGAGGCAGCAAAGUUGGCUCAUGAACUGGCAGACUUUAGGGUUUCAUGCUCUGUUACAAGAAAUAAUAAAAAUACAAACAGCAGUACAUCUGCUGGAAGUUCCACAACCCAAGUGAACUUGUCAUCCAACAAUCAUGAAGUUAGACAGCUGGCUCCCAUUCAUUCAGAUGCUGAAAGUUCAGGGAUGCAAGCUUCUAGCAAUAUUUCAGAAUGCUAUUAUGAUGCUGCUGAAGUAAUGGAGGAUGAUGAACUGACCACUGAUGAUCAUGACAAUCUCCUGGACAUGGCUUGUGCAAGUAAUUUAGAGAAGUUAAUACAACAAAAAGAAAAUCCUGAUUCACAAUCAAAAUUGGAAGAUUCCUCUGAGACCACCACAAAUUCAUCUGUUCUUCCACAAACAAAGCAAAUAUCAAAAACAGAUUCAUCUCAUGAGUCUUUCAAUGGUAUUGAACCACAGCAAGUAGAUAAAGAGACUGAAGCAGCACCAAAUAUUCAGGGAACACCAAAGAUCAGUAAUUCUCCAUCUGCAGCAAGAAGAGAAAUUAAAGUUGAUCCUGCACGCCGGGAAGUGAAAUCAGACACUAUUACUAAGUUGCCUGAUGGACUUCAUGUACAUAUGAAAGAAAACAAGGAAUCAAAUCAACCAUUCUAUGUGAAGAUGUAUGUGGAGGACAAGAACAGCCACCAGGGACCUCUGUCAUUUGCUGUAACGCCAACAAUGACUGUGGGUCAGCUUAGAGAAAAGGUUUGUCAAGACUUUGGCUUUCCACCUGAAGUGCAACGAUGGAUUUUAGGAAAGCGGUUGGCCGAUGAUGAUCACCUCACUCUUGAACAUCACAGGGUGACCUCCGAGGGCUGCCCUAUCUUCCUCUACCUUGUGGCACCUGAACUGGAAUCUCAGGCAAAUGCUUCCAAAAAGAGGAAAGGUCUAGGGCAAAGUGGUUAUGGAGAAAAUUCUCAAGAACUUGGAGCAUCAGGAGGUGGAGCUAAUGACAAACCAAGGUAUUUGAAGGUUUAUGAUGAUGAAGGCAAUGUGGAGUACAGAUAUUAUAAUCCUGACUCAAGGAGAUAUGAAGUUAGUGCUGACAUUGAUGGUAGUGAUGGAGAUGAUGAUGAUGAGGAGGGGGAGGAGGUGGAAGAGGAGGAGGAGGAGGAGGAGGAGGAGGAGGAAGAUGAAUAUGACGAUGAUGAUGAUACUCUUGAAGAAGAUGAGAUAGAAGAAAAUAAAACUGAUAGGGAGAAAGUAUAUCAAAAUAUCAACCAGAAUGAAGAUGGAAAAUAUGGACAAAGUACCCGAGUAUAUGAUGCACAGGAUAUUAAAUAUUCACUUAAACCACUUGUUACUACACAUCCCAACACCAAUGAUGCAAAUAGUUUAUUAAAUCAGAAGAAUUUAUUGAAUGGACACUCUGGUGCUACAAAUGAUAAUCAGGUAAUGACUUCCAAAAAUAAUGCUAUUAAUCUGUAUGCAAAUGAGUCAGGCCUCACCCAUAACUCAGCAGCACUUAAAGAACCAGAGCACAAAACUAAAAUUAAUUUAAACCAGUUUGGUCAAAGGAUGGGUAUAGAAAAUUCCAAUGGCAAUGAACCAACAGCUGUAAAUCAGAUGAAGCAAGAUAACUUACAGCAUAAAUGGCAACCUCAGCAGCCUCAGUCUCAUCAUAUGAAAGGACAUUCAGAUGCAGGUUCAACUGUACAGCCUCAGUUGAUACUGAAUAAUAAUGAAAACAGUGCACCAUUGGGAAAACCAUUACAAAAAGAGGAUUGUGACACAAAACAACAAAGUGACAAAAAUAAUCAACAAAGGCAGAUUUCCCAAAAAGAAAAAUCACAUGACUCUCAGUUAUCAGAAGUAGGACCCAAGUCAGCAAUGAAAUCUCAACCACAACAAAAUUCAAAGAACCAUGAAAUGCAGUUACCAAGUGAAUCAAAUAAGCAGCAGUUAUCAGAACCUGAAAAACAGAAGCAUCAGUCUCAGCAGCAAACACUCAACAAGAGCUCUCCAGAUGUCCAGCCAAACAAAUCUCAGAAAGAGCUUCCAUCCACAUCCGGAGCUCAUGGUUGGGUGUGUCCUUCAUGUACUCUUGUCAACAAAUGGUCCAGGCCUGGCUGUGAGGCCUGUGCCACUGAGCGGCCCGGCACAUCACACCAAGUUGCUGGAGCUGUGGACAAGGACUCUGGCUUGGGUGCUGUUGUGUCUGUGCUGGACCGCCAGGGGUACGUGCCCAACCCUGAUCCUUUUGAAUGCAGAGUUUGCUUUAUGGAUGUGGACUCAGGGAAGGGCGUGGUGCUGAGGGAUUGCCUUCAUACUUUUUGCAGGGAUUGCUUGGCCAAUGCUAUCAAAUAUUCUGAUACAGCAGAUGUUAAGUGCCCCUACAGGGACAACCAGUACUCCUGUGACUCAUCUUUGCAGGACAGAGAAAUAAAAGCUUUAUUGACUGCGAAGGAAUAUGAACAGCACCUAAACAAGUCCGUGAAGCAGGCUGAGGGUGCCAUGCAGAAUGUGUUCCACUGCAAGACUCCUGACUGUCCAGGAUUCUGCCAGUUUGAAGACAAUGUAAAUGAAUUCCAUUGUGAUGUCUGUGGAAAGGACAACUGCCUUACUUGUCAGGCCCAGCAUGGAGGCAUCACCUGCCAGGAGUACCAGGAUGACCUUGCUAAUAAGGUGGAUGAAGCAGCUAUGAAGACAAAAAAAUUCUUUGAUGACAUGAUUCGUCGAGGUGAUGGCCUGCCCUGCCCCAAAUGUUCUGUGAUGCUGGUGCGCAAGUGGGGCUGUGACUGGAUGCGAUGUCCCAUGUGCCGCACUGAAAUUUGUUGGGUUACCAGAGGGCCACGGUGGGGACCUGGGGGUCCAGGAGAUGUGUCUGGUGGGUGCAAGUGUGGAAUCCGGGGCCAAAAAUGUCAUCCAAAGUGUACUUAUUGUCACUAGCACUGUCUCUUGCUGGCUCUUAUGUUAUGGAAAGAUAUUAUGCUGUAGGCUUCUGAGUGAGAAUAUCUGACUGUAAAAGAUAAUGUACAAUUCAAACUCCAUUUUCAAAACUUUCAUAUUUGCAAUUUACAUUUUAGGAGAGAUAAAAUGUGAGCAUUCCUCACAAUCAUGCAUCCUUAUGCUAAUUAGUGGCUUCCAUUCACUGUUCAUGCUUGAUGGCAGAGGGAAGGUGAUGAGGUUUUUAUUCUUCCUUGCAAAAUAGUUGAUAAAUGGAUACAGUAAACCACUGAUGUCAGGAAUAUCAAAUAUGAUAAAUGCUGCAAGCCAACUGAACAAGUCUCACAUUUAACAAACUGUUCAUCAUUAAAGGCAAAAAUAAUGAACCCUCAGAGCCUCCCAAACAAUUACUGCAUGUAGCAAACUAAUUUUUGCUAAAUGUAGAAGAAAGUUGGUAAAGCUAGAGUGAUCACUGUUUUUAUAUAUAUUACUGAACAACUUCCCUAAUACAGCAACCUCAGUUCAUGAAGAGCUCCUGCUAUAAUGAUAACUGGAUACAUCACAUUUUUAGAUACAACUCCAGGUAGAUAAUUAAAUCAAGGAUAUACUAUAUUUGGAGAAACCUGUGGAAGAUAUUGUGACCACCUAAUCCUAAUCAGCUUUGUGCUGUGUUUAAGAAGUUUAUUAUCCAUCAAGACCUCAAAGGGCACAGGGAUGAGGAUGAUUUAAUGACAUAAUACCACUUGGUGUCUUUCAUCCUUCCUCUCACAAUGCUAUUAUGAUUAUUUUGCAUUUUCCUCUUCAGCAUUUUCUUAUUAUUACAAGCCAUCACUUCUCACACAUGAGGUAACAUUAAAAAAAAUAAAUAAAUAAUAAUAAAAUAAAAUCCUGGCCAAUGAAGAGAGAGAGAGAGAGAGAGAGAGAGAGAGAGAGAGAGAGAGAGAGAGAGAGAGAGAGAGAGAGAGAGAGAGAGACUGAACGGAGCCAAGCUAAAUGAAGUAGAUGAGACUAAUUAAAAAAUAUAUUUAAAUAUAGUUAAAAAAUAUAUAUUUAAAUUAUAAUUUUUCAUGUUUUUUAUGUUGUAUGAUUUUCUCUUCAUAAAACUAACAUCCCAAAUAUUUGAGGUGUUACAUUAAAUAGUAGAAGGCUCAGAAAUAUUGAAAACCACUUUUUUCUUCUUUUCUUCACAUCUAUACAAAAUUAUUUGUAAAUGCAAACUUUUGCACCACCAAUGAUUACAGUGGUACAUUGAAAAUUUAUGCUGCAAAUUAUUUUACAUUUCUCUUAAGAUAUUUUCUGUAUAUAUCUAUUAUUCUUUCAGUUCACUCUGACUACAUUGUUAUUUUUUUAUGUCUAACUUGAAAUUUCAUAUUUUCUUAUAUUUAAUUUUAAUUUUUUACAUUUUUAUAACAUUUUCAUAUAUUUAUGUGCCAGUAUGUGCACAUAAAUAGUAUGAAAAUAUAUACACAGUAUAUACAUUCACGUGCUCAUUCACACACACACACACACACACACACACAUAUAUAUAUAUAUAUAUAUAUAUAUAUAUAUAUAUAUAUAUAUAUAUAUAUAUAUAUAUAUAUAUAUAUAUAUAUAUAUAUAUAUUAGUUUUGCUCAUAUAGUGAAGUAUUUGAUUUACCCUUUUAAUCAGUCACUCUAAUAUUUAUUCCUCCACAGCCUGACACAAGUUCCUAUGGUUUAGCCAGGCAACUUCACACAGGUUCCAGUGGUGCAUUCCUUCUCUAUAUAUCACAUUGCUUUAAUCUAUUCUGUUCUUUUAUCUUCCCAGAUGUUCAGUUCCCCUGUCAUUCAAUACUCCUUUCAUCCUCCCUCUUCAUCCCCUUGCUUUGUUACCUAUUCAAGAUCUCUUUAUUUUCCGAACCAUUCUUUCUGCAUGGCAAUUCCACUUCAGCCUUUCCUAUUCUGCUCUCUCCAGAAAAAUGAUAAACCAAUUUCUACGUAUCUCUCACUCUGUUGUUACACACCAUAUCACAAAAUUUCACAAAAGACUUCAAAAACUUAUACUGCUUUGGCAAGCACUUAUGGCAAAUAAUUAGUUAUCAGCAUUAAUGGUGUUGUAACUCUUCACAUUCCUAUGUCAGUGGGAAUCCUGAUGACUACUUCCAGUCAUUACUUGUGUAGACAAAGCAUUAGAUCAUCAUUUUACUUGAGCCAUGACAAAGAAGCCAUAUGACCAACUAUUUUGGUUGAAUGUAUAUCUUCUUAAUUCCCCAUAAAUAUUCAACUUUGUCAUUAUUCAGCAAAGUUUUGGAUGUUGUGGAUGCUGUUACUCCGUCUUAUUUUUUACCAGCCUUUGGUCAAUGCAAAGGAAAAAAAAAUAAGCCUCCCCUAGGUGGGUUAGGAAGGAUUAAGCCAUAUAUCAUGCAGCUCUACAGCUUGAGGCAUCUCAACAUGGAUCCUGGGAUUUAAGGUCACAAAUCCUUGACUCAAGUCACACACCUGUCCACUACCAGAUGUAUAGGGAUCACAUUAAAAGAAACACACCUAGAUUGUCUUCACACCCAAGUGGUUCAAUCCCAGAGCUUCUCAGUUGUGAGAUGACAGUUAUCUGUUGAAAGCCCCUCAUAAUGAGAAGGUUCCUGUAUGGAAGCCUGCUGUGAGGGGCCCAGGAGGGAAGUUUUGAAGUGAAAGAAAUGAAAAAGAUAUCCUAUAAAGAUCAAAGAAAGUGAGUCAAUCUGUUGCUUGGGAGUUGACUUGGAAAUUAUGUUGUUUCCCAUUUUUUACUUGUAAUAGUUUGUGUGUUACACUGUUUAUGAAAAUGGAGAUUGGAGUGUAUAGACUGCAUAAUAUCCAACUAGAUUUCAACAUUCAUAGCACCUGCUGAUCUUAACACAAGUCGUGUAUUAAUGAGGUAGGACAAAUAUCUGUGAUAUAGUCUGCUAUUACUUAUAUUGAGGCAGUGCAGUUACUCACUGGUAAUUGCAACAUAUUAAUAAUGGAGCACAUAAAAGUGAGGAAAACCCACCAUAUGAUCAUCAGUUCUUGAAUAUUUUAUAUUGUAUUAUAUAUUCAUGCUGGAAUGAAUUAUUCAUUUACUAGGCAUUGGUUGGAAUGGAAAAUAUUACUCUAGUCAGUUUGUCUUAUCUAGUCAGUUUUGGGGAAAAAUGAGAUUUAUAUAAUACAAGCCUGAUUGUACUUAACAGUGCAGUACAGGUGCCCCACAAUUCAACAUAUUUAGGACUCUACCCCCUACCCAGUUGGUGGAAUUUAUGCAUUAACCAAAACCUAAGCAUAAGUUUUGUACUUUAACCCUUCAUAAGGUCUGUCAGACUCAUUUUGUACAUUUUUGUAUUCUUGCUAUUUAUGUACAUGUCCUGCAAAUAGAAAUUACUGUGAAAUGAUGUGUAAUAUACUCAAGAAAAUAUAAUAUAUGA